GCUCGUGACGUCAUCCGUCAGUAUCAUCUGUUUUGUGGACAAAGUAGCUUGACAGAAAGUCCACAAGCUAACUUAUGAGCUAUCAACCAUGAACUGAGCAACAUUUCGGAGAGUACUGAGGGGAAAGUAUGGCGGUGUGUGCGCUGACUGUGCUGGACGGAGUUGGGGAGGAGGCAACCGCUCUGGGCGGAGUGGUUCUCCUGGUGGUCACCAUCAUCCUAGCCUGGCUGUCCACCCAUGUGGCUGACCGUGGAGACCACAUUCUGGGCACCAUUCUCACAGUGGGUGCCCAUGCCUCCCUCAUAGGCCUAGGAGGCCACGACGGCUAUGUUGGGGGGCCCUCAAGCACGGACGUGGAAGACCAGCCAGACGCCAAUUCCAACCCAGAGGAGAAGCCCGAAGAGGAGGAGAGCAGAGCCGAGGAGGGAGAGGAGGACGAGCUCCUGGACAUCCAGAGGGUGAGAAGGAAGAAACGCAAAAUCCAAAGGGAGAACAAGGGAAGCAGGCAACACCCGGAAGGAGGAGAGGAUGAGGAGGAGUAUGAAGAGGACGACAAUGAUUAUGACGAGGAGGAGGAGGAAGAAGUCGAUGACGAAUCGGAAAACAUCACAGUGCGCUUGAAGUAUCUGAAUGAUACCGAAGAGGUGGCUGUGCUCAGGCCUCAUGACACAGUUGGCCUGCUAAAGAGUAAGCACUUCUCUGGCCGUGAGCGUCAGAUCAAGCUCAUCUGGCAGGGCCAACUUCUGCAGGACCCACGCCGCACACUCGCCUCCCUCAACAUCACGCACAAUAGCGUGCUCCACUGCCACGUGUCCCAGGCGCCGGCCCAGCCCGAGGCCCCCGGCGGCCCAGAGGAGGGCGCCCGGGCCAGGGGAGACUCGGGGCUGAGCGCCGGUCUCCGCUCGGCCGGCCUGACCCUGAGCUCCAGCAGCCUGGUGGUGCCUGUGUUUGUGGUGAUGCUGGCCGUGGUGUGGUACUUCCGCAUCCACUACCGGCAGCUCUUCACCGCACCUGCCACCAUCUCCCUGGUGGGCGUCACGGUGUUCUUCAGCUUCUUCAUUUUCGGGAUGCACAGCCGGUGACGGGGAACAUGGGUUUGAGAAGGGGGUUUUAGUUUGAUGGACAAAUGAUGAGAAGGUGGAGAAUGCUAAAAGAGUGGUGGGCUUUGGGCACAGCCCAAGGUUUGUUACGUAAGCCCUUUUCUAUAAACCGGUACAGUAUGCUUUCAAAACCAUGCGCAUACGCAUUUUCGACUGUAAAUCAAAUCUGAUUAUACUGGAGGAAAGCAGCCUAACAAGGCCUGCUUUGUGUUUUUAAAUCUCAUCUCAGACCCUCACAUGCUCAAUCAUUGUCUGCGUUGUGCUGCAGCAUUUCCCAAAUUUUGUCCUUUCUUUUUGUUUUGGUCUUUUGCUACUUGCAGUCUUUUCCUUUGAGGUCAUCCACUGUUGUUUGUAAACAAGACACGUGACAUUAAGCACAGCUUAGUUCUUCUCAUGAUUAAUGUAGAAAUGUUAACACACACAAACAAACACACACAACAUAGUGCGGAUGAUUUUACACCACUAGUAGACGGGGCUAUCACACUCUGCACUGAUAGAGAUAUGCCCAGCAAUUACACUGCAUUACAAAAAACAACACACACCAGAAACACACAAUCGCAAAUUAAGUCACCUCACUGCAACUGCCAACCUAUAGCUAAACUAUACAAGUAGUUCUUUAGAUGGGCUAUCACUUCCGAGUAUAGUGCAACAUGCUGUACUGUGUUAUAAGUAGACCACUCGACUAUAGAGUCAGUGACUUACUUUCAUCAGUGACAAAGACAGUGCGUGUGCUUGAAAAGGGUAAAAGAGUGUUGUGAUUUUUAAGAUGUCAGGAAAAACUGAUUGAGUUGUAAGAUUAGGAAUAGUCUUUCCCCAGAUGUUUCUUGUAUGGUUCUUUUCCAACACAUGGCUUUGUAGUCAUACGUGUUUGAAUAUGAGCCCAAAAGCAGACACUUUUUAUGAAUAAUUUAAACCAAGCCCUAAUUUGUGCAAUGAUAUCCCUACACACAAACAUUACAUCCGUGUGUAUUAACUGCGUUACUCUGAUUAAAAAAGAUUAUGUUUGGGAAGAAUAGGCUCUUUCCAUGGAACAGGAAUAACUUGUAAAUGGCGUCAGUGCACAUUUCUACUGUGCCUUAGAGUGUCCCUGAUCCCAUGCCAGGUAUCGUGCCAGGACUUUUGAAUUGUGUGCUGUUUUACCACCUCCCUUCCAACCCCCUGUACCACUAUCAUCUCCAUGUCUUUAUGCCACAUCACAUGCAGUGGGUGCAGAUCAUUUUGCACAAAUAUUUUAAUGGCAGGUGUCUUAUUAACAGUGGGGAAAGGGUUGUAGUUUAUCAGAAGGUACUGUAAAUAAUCAUUAAGCAAUGUUUUCUUUGACAGAAUAAGUUGUUGCUACCUUUUUUGUUUUGCUAUAAUGGUUGCAGUUCUAUUUACUAAUAUAGCCAUUAAUUACAAAGACACAGGCUCGUUGGGCUUUAAUGUAUGUAUAAACCUAUUGUAUAUAAGAUAUGUAAAGACAUUUAUGUGAUAAAAACAAAUGUUGACCCUGCAGAGAUGUUGUAAUAUAUAUCUCGCAAAGUUACGUUUUGUCACAAGCAUCUCAUUUGUAAGACAAAUUAUUUCCAUCCAUCCAGCAAAGGCAAUAUCUGAGAAGUUGAAUAGCUUUUCCAUUCCAUUUGUCAUUAUUGGUCCAGUGUAAGUGGAUGUCAUUGUCAAGAAGUCAUUCAAAGGGUCAAAUAUUGCAAUCAGUUUUCCUCACUGGCUUCCGUACUGAAAGACUGAUUAAAUGAGUUUCAACUGAA